AAAAAAUCUAACCUACAAUCAGAUCAGAAGAUGUGCGUGUGUCAUUGGGAGUAUUGGGGGUGUUGCUCUGACCCGCGUGCGACAACAACGAAUUGUGCGAUCGUUUCUGACGACGUGUGAACAACGCUUUCUCUCUCUCAUACUUGUAUGCACUUGACGCGGGAUCCUCGUGACUCUGAGAGACAGCAUAUGUGCUCAAAAAUCUUGUUGCUGAGGUUCUUUAUAAAGUAAACCUGCGAACGUCCUAUCCCUGUUAUUAAUGUGCAGGAUAACUGACUAAUAGGAUUGUACGCAAGUACAUCCAAUAAUGUCAUCGAUUAAUAGUAUCGAUUCCCACGGGACAUUACAGUGGGAUAUGAUGGAAUUGGCUCGUCAUUUGCGGCAGGAAAGACUAUUUGUUAAUUCAGAACAGCAGAACUUGCAGACUCUUAAUGAACGAGUCUUGUACGUCUCAUCGCAGUUAGCGCAGCAAGCAUGGAUAACUGCUCAGCAAAGAGUCAAUCUGAAUCGCCUGAUAGUGGCAAGACCAGAUUGUACUCCAGCGUCAUGUUGCCUAAGAGCAAACGCAUUGGAAAAUUCACAUUUUAUCGACGCGUACAAGUACCUGCGCUAUCAAGCAUGUUUGUCCUAUGGAGAAUUUUUAGGUGCACUACGAAAGUCACCCAAGCUCCUCGCUUCGUGUUUGGUCGAAGGGGACAGAGCCAUCCCAGAAUCAAUGCAGACAAUUGUACAGUGCUUAGCUGCUGGAUUAUACGGUAGCUGUAUAUUGCCAGAGGAUAAAAGUUUAGUCCUUCAGCUGCUGAGACAUCUUAUGUUACUGCAGAUAAUUCCAUCUGACAACCCACGAAGAUUGCUUAGGCAUGGAACGUGCGCAUUUUCCAGAUUUUACUCAAUCUUUCAUGAAAGCCUGUUCUCCGCAAAGCUUUUCUUAACAGCAGCUUUGCAUAACCCUAUAGUUCAGUUACUUAUGGAAGAUGAAAUGUUCUUGGACAUUGAUCCGGAUAAAGCGCCUAUUAGAUUUCCACCUGCAGAGAGAUUGAAGAAAUUCGGGAAGGAAGGCACAGCCGAAUAUCAAGCGAAGUUACAGCGUUAUAGACUGUGGACAGUUAAUUCUUUGUAUCGUAUUACGCAGAGAUUUAUCGUCAAUAUUCGUGAAACAAUACAUUGCUUUCCUACGAGUGUUUGCUGGCUUGUAAGGCAAAUGGCAGGGCUUCUUAGUAAGAAUGGAAAUGUAGAUCCAAAAGAAGUGCAUGCCAUGUGCACUGAUCUUGUAUUCACAUACUUCAUUUGCCCUGCUAUAGUUAAUCCUGAGCCUUACGGCAUUACCGAUGCACCGAUAAGUUAUGUUGCAAGGUUCAAUUUAAUGCAAGUUGGACAAAUUUUACAAAUGCUUUCGCUACAAAAGUAUCAAAAUAUCGAUAACAAAGUUAUUGAUCUUUAUAAAAAAUUUGAGAAGGAUUCAGUGUCUUCCAUAAUAGAUUCUAUGUUGGAUGGUGCGACAGAAGAGUUGGAGGAGGAACCAAUGAUAAUUGACAAUAAUAAAUUUCAAGGCCUGUCACGAUCCGCAGCAUUGUUUACGGAAAGUGAACUGAAUUCCUUAAUUACAUUUUUGAACACGAUUGUUGGUGAUAACAAUGGAGAAACAAUAUUGCAUAAUUCAUUUGAUAGAAAACAAUUAGCAGAAAUGCUGUCACAAUUACCUUCGGGUUUACUGCAUAAUAAUAAACUAAAUAAUGAAUAUUUGGAAACACCUAGUAAACGAGGUGUUGCUGCAGGGAAAGGAAAAGGACGUGGUAUAAGGAUGACUACAUUCUCACCAAAUGUAACAAACGAAAGUGGAGAAGAAAUUAACGGCACUGCAGUCCCUGAAGAAGAAACUGUAGAUAAAAAUUCUCACGAUGUGCUAGUCAUACCUUUUGGUCCAACAAUUGGAGAAUCCGUAGGGCUACUCAGUGAACAGAAAGUUCUAUGCAUGGAACUCCAAAGUGGUAUGGAGAAUGGACCUGUUACUUUGAAUCUGCCUGAUGACGCCUCUAAUGAACAUCCUAGACAAGAAAAUAGCAAUGUCGAACGUAUCGAAACGCAAGAGAAGAGAACUCGAUUCUCACUCUCACAUGACGAAGGAUCGAUUGGCAAUACGUCCGAUAACUUGGAAGCUGUAUCAGAAGCUGCUUCCAAUCACAGUGUCGCUUCUUCUUUAGAAUUAGAAACAGAAGAUCAAAACGAUAACCUUUCAGACAUGGUAUCUGCUAAUGUAUCGGGUAGAGGAACUCCUAAUAUAUCAGGUCGAGAUACACCAUCGUCCCAGAUUACUGAAGGAGAUGAUGGACGCGCUGCAGGUGAAGUAAGGCAGUUGGAUUUGCCACCGCCUAAUAUCCCAACCAAACAAAGUCGAUCCGAAAUUGAUGACAAAUUUUGUAAAUUUGAGAUUAAAAAGCUUAUUGAAGGAGAUGAAACUGUUUCUAUGGUAUCCGAUACUUGGUCUACAGAUGUGUUGGCCUCAGAUAGCGAAAUAGUUGAACAACAGGAUCGAAUACUGCUUGCUGUUCCGCCUGAACAGGUUGCACCUAGCGAUUCAGAAAGAUUAACUGAAGUAGAUACUGAUGACACUGCUAGCGUUGCUAGAUCUGAUGAUACAGCCAGAUCGGAAAUCGAAAUAGAAAGUCGUGCUGAUUCCGAGGGGAAUGAAGAAACGCUUCAAUCUGCAACCCCAUGUCCGGAUGGCUCAAGCAUCAGUUUUUCGACAAUUUCAGGGAUUCGAGAAGAUUCUGGCAUAGGAACUUCAAUAGUUCAUCCAUCCCCAACAACAUCUCCAUUACCAUCGUCAUCAAAUGUAACAGGUCGUGGUGGAACCAAAUCUGAUUACCGACGUAGUACAAUGGAAUACGUAGACAAAAACGCUAACAAUAUAAGCAAUAUGGAUUAUACUAAACCGUUACGGGAUGACAGGCUGGUCCACUUGAUAGAUAAGCUUCAAAUUGACAAUGGUAAGCAAGUUGAACGUCAAGCACCUGCGCACAAUCACAUCGCUGCGGCUGCAGUCGCACCAGCGUUGCUAUUAGCUAAUCAUAUUUCUGCGCCUGUUUUGCCAGAGAAGCCCCAAAACGGUGAUUCGAAAACAGAGGAAUUGGAUAGCUGUAUAACAUCGGUCGGAGAUACCGUAGGCCGAUUAAGUACGGCUAGCUUAACAUCUAGCAGUAGUUCCGGAUCGGAACCUCGUGUGAAAAGUAACAUUUCAGCAUCGGAUUUACCAACACCAACGAUUAAUGGCACUUGUGAUGCAGUAGAUGGAUCGAUUCCCAAUUUUUCCAAGCCAAAUGCAUCAACGGGAGCUAUUCCAAAGAGUAUAAGCUUUGACAUGACUGCUGAACGUGGCGAUAAGGAAUUGUUGGACGAUGAUCAAAAGAACAAACGCGGUUUCUUUGGUAAAUUAAAAAUGACAUUGAGAAAUCGUAGAGGUAAAGCAAUUCGUGGGGCGGACGACAGAUGUUUUGAUCGAGAAGCUGGUGGCGACGGCGUCGAUAUGUGUAGGCACAGAUUACGCAGGAUUAUGUCGGAAGAUGUAACAUCAUCUGGUAAUGUCGCGGGCGAUACUACCGAUGAUAUAUUAGCGAAAUAUAGAAGAAAACCAAGCGCAACUAGCGAUACAGCAUCAAUCGAAAGCAAUCAAUCUCGUACAAAAGAGGUGGAAGAUGAAAGACUUUCAAUCGAUCCAAAUAAUGUAGAACUAUCUUAUGCUUUCGCGGAUGCUAAAAGAAAAUUACGCAUGGUACUUAGUACUGCUGACCUUCAACACAUUCCAUGGAAUACAUCGGAGAGACAUUGUUGGUCGCAGAAAGAAAACGAACUAGUUGCGUUUUUGCAACUGCAAUUGGCAGAAGCUAUAAACCUGCAGGAUAGGGCAUUAAUAGCUCACCUUCAUGAAACUUUACGUUGUGUGCGUCUAUUUAAUGAUGACGGAUGUAGGAAACUCUUCAAAUCUCUUCGAGAAGAUUAUCAAAAGCGAUCCCCUUAUAUCGCGUAUUUAAUUAGAUGUCGUCAAGGGUUACUGUCGACGUUAGCUCACUUAGAUAGAUUAUGCGUGCGAGUUAAGUGCGAUCGAGAUGCUAUCAAUAAUCAUCUCGUAUCUGUUUGCGUAAGGGUAUUUUUGGAAAAAAGGGAGGCUUUUCUCCUGCGUUUUUGCGAUGAGUUUAAAAAGCUUACGCUGGCUGAUGAGAAACAGGAUCUUGUGGAUAAUUUCCUAGGAAAGGUCCACGCCGAAAUGGACAACGAUCCGAUUUGGCAAUCGGCGAGCGCGAACCAAUUAGAUUUGGCGAGAGUCGUAGUGGAAAGAACCGUCAUGGCACGGGUAUACCACAAUGCACUCUAUCCAAAUGGAGAUGGAGAUGUAUAUAGGGACCAGCUUCUUCACGAUCAUAUUAAAAAGUUGGCGAAGGUCGUAACUCCAAAUCACAAGGACCUACGUAUUCCAAAGGUUUAUCAUUACGAAUGCCCCUGGCCAUGGGCACAGGCUGAAUUGGCUGUGAUAUCGGCGUAUAAGACUCCUAGGGAUAAGUUGCAGUGUGUAUUUCGUUGCGCGACUACCAUCAUGAAUCUUCUUUCCAUGGCGUCGGAAAGAGGCAUACCUGCUGCCGACGAUCUUAUUCCCGUGCUGGUCUAUGUCAUAAUCAAGACUAAUCCACCGUCAUUAUUAUCGACUGUUCAAUACGUAGACAGUUUUUACGGGAAUCGAUUAGAGGGCGAAGAACAAUAUUGGUGGACGCAGUUCUGCUCUGCGAUCGAGUUUAUUAAGACAAUGGAUUAACAGUUUCUCAGGAGUAUCAUGAUAAAUAAGAUUAGAUUCGAUGCUGGUGAUAAUGUAGAAAUGUAUCAUAAUCAUAAUUUGACGAUUUCUUAAAGAAGACCAAUAUCUUGUGUAAAGCUAGCUGAAUAGUUAAACGCUUCCAAUUUCUUUUCUUUUUAUUAAAAUUCUUAAACAUAGCCUCUUAAAUAGCUAAAGUCUAACUGUUAGUGUGUUCUUUCGCACGUUAUUAUAUAACAUUAGCAAAGACUGAAUCAGAUUAUACGUAAAGUAUGGCUUUAUCUUUAUUUGUAACUGUAUUGUAAAAUUUCACAGGACAUCGAAGAAAAGAAACGUUAGAUAGUCUAUAAUUUAUGUGUAAACAAUACAAAACUUAUAGAAUUGAUAAUCAUUUAGCAGGAUAAA